CACAAAUUCAAUCAUUUAAUAUUUGUUCGCGGCGUGUGAUUGUAUUAAAAAUAUGAAGAAGGUAUAUCUCGCCGCUAUAACUGGAAAUCUCGGUAUGCUGUCGGUCGGCCAAUUUAUCGGUUGGGGAUCGCCAUCCUUGCCUUUACUGAUAAAUGGUGGUGAUGUUGACUAUUCCGUACGUUUGAACCUCGAAGAAGCCUCUUGGGUGGUAGCCUUACUUUCUUUGGGUGCCGCCACGGGUUGCGUUAUUUCUGCAUUGAUGGUGAAUGUCAUCGGCAGGAAGAACACCAUGCUAUUUACAGCUGUGCCCUCGAUAAUCGGCUGGUUGAUGAUAGUCUUCGCAACAUCAACGUGGGAGCUAUACAUAUCGAGGUUUACAUCCGGACUGGGAAUGGGCAUCGCUUAUACAGUCACGCCGAUGUAUUUGGGCGAAAUAUCGCCGGCAGAUAUCCGCGGUAAUUUAGGAUCCAUGCUGACGGUUGCUGUGAAACUCGGCACUUCGAUCGAGUUCAUAAUAGGCCCGUUUCUUUCGGUGAGAAAUCUCGCCCUCGUCUCUUUGGCGGUCCCGUGCUUGUUUGUGGUAGCUUUUGUCUGGCUACCGGAAUCCCCGUACCACUUGAUGCGCUGCGACAACAAACAGAAAGCUAUAAACUCUCUUGUUCAAUUGAGAGGCAAAAAGGACGUUUACAAAGAAGCGGACAGUAUCGAGCAAUCCGUAAAGACUGAUUUGGCUAAUGAAGCUGGUUUCCGUGAGCUCCUAUUUGUGCCAGGAAAUCGCAGAGCCUUAAUAACGUUAGUGUGUCUGGGCAUGACUCAACAGUUGAGCGGCUCGCAAGCCGUGUUGCAGUAUGCUCAAAUGAUUUUCGAUCAGGCAAACGGUAAUCUGGAAGGCAAGUACUUGACUAUGAUACUGGGCGCCGUGCAGAUAGUCUGCUCGAUCGUCUGCAUGACGAUCACCGAUUGCAGCGGCAGGAAGUCAUUGCUGACGAUCUCCGCUGUCGGUUCGGCCUGCUCCACCGCCAUGGUCGCGACGUACUUUAAUCUUCGAUAUAAUCACGUGGAUACCAGCAAAAUCGUGUGGUUGCCCGCCACCGGCGUGAUUCUGUACGUGGUCAUGUACGCCCUGGGCCUGGCGGCGUUACCGUUCACCAUGGCCGGCGAAUUGUUCCCCACGAACGUGAAGGCCCUCGGCAAUAUGAUAGGCAUAACGACGACGCAUGUCACGGCCUUUGUCGUGACGAAAUUGUACCCAGUCAUAAGCGAGGGUGCCGGUGUGCACUCGCCAUUCUGGAUAUUCACCGCAUGCAGUCUCGCCGGUGCUUUAUUCACGCUUCUUUAUGUACCUGAGACCAAAGGCAGGACACUGGAGCAGAUACAGGAGAAAUUGCACGGUUUGUCGAAACAGGGAGGAGUCGAGAAUGGGGUAUCUCCGCAUGUCAAUCAUCCAUCGACGAAUAUUUGAAGAAUAUUUGCGAAUUCUAAUAGUUGGAUAAAUAAAAAAAGACUCGCGAUAUAAUGAAAAUAAUAAGUAACAAGUACAAAGGAGCCUUGAAGAAUUUAACGCGGAAGUUUUUAUCUAAGACUACUAUGACACUGCCCUUAUCAGCUCUGGUAAAAAUAAUAUCUGCAUUGUUGCUGGAGGAAAUGUUUAAUGGAUACAUUAACUUGAAGAGUGUUGAGUUAAUAGAAUUAUUGUUAGAAAAAAUACCAACAAGCAUACAUAUUGUUUGGUUAGGCACGAUAGCAUUUUAUCAAAUGUAUAUCCCUUAU